AUGCGUCGUCGUCGUGUCUUGCUACACCUUUUACUGUCGACAACGGCAACCAUCCUAAUCGUCACUGCACAACAGGACGAUCAGAAAGCGGAUGUUGUGGAAGUUCAGACGAAACUCGGAACAGUCCGAGGAUCAGAAACAGAUCAUGGAAAUAAAAGAGUGCGAUCUUUUUUGGGAGUACCAUUCGCCGAACCACCAAUCAACGAACACCGUUUCAAAAUUCCAACUCCAAAACGGCCGUGGAAUGGAACAUUUCAAGCGAAUACUCUAUCGCCGGCAUGUUUUCAGGGACGAGAUUCGUAUGACCCAUCAUUCUGGGGAAGUGAAAUGUGGAAUGCAAACACUCCCGUCAGUGAGGAUUGUCUAUAUGUGAAUAUCUGGGCGCCAGCAGAUGCUUACAAUCUAACUGUGCUUGUAUGGUUGUUUGGUGGUGGGUUCUGGUAUGGAUCCCCAUCUCUUUUACUCUAUGACGGGAAGGAAUUGGCAACUCGUGGAAAUGUGAUUGUAGUCAACAUCAAUUACCGUGUUGGACCAUUCGGAUACUUGUAUUUGGGUCAUGACGAUGUUCCUGGUAAUAUGGGAAUGUUGGAUCAACAAUUGGCUUUGUACUGGAUCAGAGAUCAUAUUUUCUCAUUUGGAGGAAAUCCAUCAAGGAUAUCUUUAGUUGGAGAAUCAGCUGGAGCAGCUUCGAUUGUUGCUCAUUUGAUUGCGCCUGCUUCAAAAGGUCUGUUCCAAAAUGGAAUCCUUCAAUCUGGAUCGUUGGAUAACAAAUGGUCGAUGGAUUCACCAAAACGAGCAAAGCAAAAAUCUACAGCCUUGGCAAAUCUUGUUGGAUGCAAUCAAACAAAAAUAACUGAUGUUACCGAAUGUCUUCGGAAUACACCUGCUCAACUUUUGAUAGAUAAUAUCUGGAAUGUUGGUCUGAAUUUCCUUGAAUUCCCAUUUGCCAUCGUAUCAAAGGAUCGAAAUUUCUUCAAACAUCUUGAUGGUUUCAUAGCUCUUCGAGAGGGAACAUACUCCACAGAUGUCAAUUUAAUGUUUGGAAUCAAUCAUGAUGAAGGAAACUUUUGGAAUAUCUACAAUUUAGCAAAGUUUUUCGAUAAAAAGACGGCAAAACCAGAACUAGAUCGAGACGAAUUCCAUGAAUGUGUGGAUACGGCAUUCGCAGUUCAACCGGAGUUAGUGAGGACAGCUGCGAAAUAUGUGUAUUCCGAUCCAAAAUGCACAGAUCCGAAGAAGAAAACAGAUUUCUAUACGGAACAAGUCAAUCAAAUGGUUGGAGACUAUUUCUUCACUUGUGACAGUAUUUGGUUUGCUCAUAAUUAUCCAAAGUUGGCUGGGAAUCGAUCGAAUGUUUUUGUUUAUUACUUUGAUCAGCCAUCGAGUGCAAACCCUUGGCCAAAAUGGACAGGUGUAAUGCAUGGAUAUGAGAUUGAGUACGUCUUCGGGGUUCCUCUUCAUAACAAAUCCGCCGGUUACAUCAAAGAAGAAAUGGAUCUAUCAGAGAAAGUUAUUGAUUUCUGGACCACUUUUGCCAAUACAGGAGUUCCAUCUCUUCGAAAGAAAUCAGUUGGAACGACUCAUAAAAUCAAAUGGGAUCGGUACGACGGUACUGAUCACACGACGUGGAUGAAUAUCAAAACUGGAUCAUUCCGAAUGAUUCAGGAACUGAAAAAAGUGGAGUGUGAUCUAUGGAGAAAUGCAAAAGACAUGGAGUAUAGUGCAUAUAAAGAAGAGCUCGCUGCCACGUCAUCAUCUCCUCUGACCCGAUACACAGUUGUGUUGAUUUUGAUAAUUAAGUUGUUGUUGUUCUAA